AUGACGAUGACAACGACAACGACGCUGAGGAAGAUGACGCUGAGGAACAGCGGCGGCGGCGGAAAGACAAGGGGGAACAGAGAGGGCACAAACGGGUAUAUCCCUCUCUCUCUCGGCUCCCUCUUCCUCCCCCGUACACGCACACCUCUCGCCCUCGACCUCCUCUCCACGUCGCCCUCAACGGCAUAUCCCUCGACUCUACCCGCCCCCUCAUCUCGUCCGCUCAACCUCUCCCACAUCCGACCCGCUCUCCCGUCCGCCCCGCUAUCUCGUUCGACCCGCUCUCCCGUCCGACUCGCUCCCCCGUCCGACCCUCUCGACCCGAUCGCUCGCUGUGCUACCCUCCCCGCUCUCCUCGCACGAUCUCAUGCCCACUGGCCCGCUGGCCCACCGGCCCGCUGGCCCACCGGCCCGCUGGCCCACCGGCCGGCUCGCCCGCAUCGUCCACAUCGCCUCGCGCAUCGCAUAGGUUUCCCGGACCUACGCUCGACUGACCCGCAUCUCCCGCUCGACGCCGCGCUCGCCUGCUCGCUCCAGCUCGACACCACCGCCGUCCACCACCCCGACACGUCCUCCGCCUCCUCCACCUUCCCUCUACCUCCUCCGCCUUCUCCGCUCGCCGGCGGCCGAGACUGCACCGUGCAGGACCAGUCCAAGCCCAUAUCCGCCACGAGCACCGCCCUCCUCCGCGCCGCCCUCCUCGACCAGACGGCCGCUGCCGCAUCCGCAUCCGCAUCCUCGCGCACCGGCCGUUGCCGCCUCGGACGACACCGACUCGACGACACCGACUCGACGACGCCGACUCGACGACGCCGACUCGACGACGCCGACUCGACGACGCCGCCUCGACCCUACCGCCUCGACGCGGCCCUGUCCCGACCACGCCGCCGCCUCAACGCUUCCGUCUCUAUCCCCACUCCCGACGACGACACCAGGUUCGCAGCCACCGCCUCCGACGACCUCGACUCGACUCCGCCGCCUCGACUCUACCGCCUCGAUGCUACCCCCUCCACCGCCAGGCUCGACCACACCUCGACCCUGCCCGGUGCCGACGACGGUCCCAGGCUCGACAACGCCGCCUCCACGUCCGAUCCCCACCACGCCGCCGCCUCCACCCUGCCGCCUCCACUGCCGGUCCCUUGCCUCGACAACGGCGCGUCGCCCGAGGCUCCUCACUCGACGGCGCCUCCUCACGUUUUCAUCCACCCCGCCUGCUCCUCGACAACAACAGCGCCCGCUCGACACGACGGCCCUGACGACGACACCGAGGCCUCCGCGCUGCUGCCUGCACGCUCGGUCCCGAUGACCCCAGGCGUGCAGCAGCCUUCUCGAUCCUGCCAGCUCUUCACGCUGCGGCCUGCACGCCGUCUCUACACGCCAGGUCCCGACCACCUCACCGCCUGGACCUUGCCUCCCCGUGCACACCACCGAGAUCGUCAACGGCGAGGCCUCGACGGCCCUGCCUCCUCGCCAACACGGCGUCGCCGCCUUCCCCUCGCCGCCUUCUCCUCGCUUCCAACGGUGGCUCCCCGAGGACGCGGUGUUGCCCGGUGUCUCGUCAUGCACAACCGCGGCCUCGUGAACCGCGGCGUCGAGGACGUGCCUAUGACGACAGCCUCGUCGCCGUCUCUACCACAUGUGGGGCCGCCAACACAGGGGUCUGGCAGGGCCCUGAUGUGGCGUCCGCCGGGCGCGGACCCCUCCUGA